ACUCCCCCCUACAUUCAUGUAUCAACGUCUCCCCUUUGAGAAGCAUUAACCUUCUUAGAGAUACGCAACAACAUCCUCCAGAAUUCCACUUGUCCUUACUGAAAGACCAAGAGUACUUUUCCAAAUGCAUCUCAAGGUCCGCACCGCAACAGAGUCAGACAUUCCCCAAAUCUACUCCAUAUUUACCCACUAUGUUCGCAAUACUGUCAUAACGCUCUUCGCCAAUACACCUCCUUUCUCAUACAUGACCAAAAGAUUCCACGAAACGCAGGAGCGUGGCUUGCCUUUCCUUGUUGCCGUUGAGCAGCUUGAGCAGGAUGACACCUGCCAUGGAGGAAAUAUGGCAGAAAAAGUCUGUGGAUAUACUCUGGCUUCACCCUUCAGGGGCUACAUGCUCUCCUACGCACCCACAGUUGAGAUGUCCCUCUUCGUCCACCCCGAGUACCACUCGCGAGGGAUAGGAAGUACUCUUCUCUCGUCGCUGAUAGAAGCUUUGCAAGAGGCAAAACAUCUCUCCUACCAAGUCACCGGGCAUGCAGGCUCUGAAGCACGUGUGCAUGCAGAAGCGAAGGUGAAGAGCAUACUUGCUAUUAUGACAGUCAAUCCUGAAGGUAAAAAUGGAGGCGAAGGUUUAAGAGACUGGUAUGUUCAAAGGGGAUUUGUAGAAAGAGGAAGGAUGAAAGAAGUUGGCUUCAAAUAUGGUAAAUGGAUCGACACAAUAUAUCUUCAAUACACCCUAUAAUGUUCGUUGCCAACCGAGCUAGUGUUUGGUCGCAUUUCAGCCAGCAUCUGCUAGAAACGAGGAAGUAACGUGGAAAUCGCGGAAGGAAAGGCUAAGGUGGCUGGACUUGUUACUCAGCAUUUGUUCUACGAAGCUGGAAAAGACCAUUUCUUGCUCUUCGCACUCCUAUUGAGUCGCAUCCACGGCUGGUGGAGAAUUUAAGAUUAUCGAAUUAACAUUCAAGGUAACUUUCUAACUACUUCUAUUCGAACCUUCUUCGCCAUUAUUAUAUAUAGAAAGAUAAAUUCCGUUCAUUUAAUAGUGACGGGACAAAAUGAUAGUGAUAAGUGGUGGCCAGUAGAUCGAACGGCCAUACAGUCGAAUCCACAGUUGUGGGCUUUCCACCUAGCAUCAUGCCCUCCAAGCACAAGCCUGUCAUAUCAAAUUGGGGGCCAUUAAAGCUUUCCACCGAGCGCCAUAGUUGACUUCCAAUUAAUGAUUUGCCAACUCACAGGUUUCGAAUUCCUCCGGUUCCCACCACGACAGAGAAAAGGGAUUACAUAGAAAUUUGCAAUUUGCACAGCCGACAAGGCAAAUAUGGGCCAGUAGGCCACGGGAUCGUGAACCGGCUUCACAGGGGGAAACUAAAUCAUAAAGGAGAGUGCUGGAUGAUAAAUCAACCUUGAGACUAAAACCGCUGGCGAAAAUUCGACUAUUCCUCCAUUGAACUCCCAAAAGGUCCCUAACCUUGGGCUCAUCUUCCAAUAUAUUUCAUUGGAGAAUACAAGGCAGAAUACCUGACAGAUCUAUUGCCUUCAUGGAAAAUUUCUUGAUCAGGAAUGGUGAUGUAAUUAACUCAUUGCUUUCGUUUGGAUAUUUAACUACCCACGCAUCUUAAUCGUUACCCAAGAAGAGAAGAGCUGCGCCUGGCCGUUCUUCCAAGCAUGCACAGUACAUUGUCUCUCCCACUUGUCCCGUCUGAAGGGCGCAUUGGAUAGUGCGAAUCGGAAUGUGUCCAAAGCAGGGUUACAACGCAGGGUAACAGCCCAAGCAUGACACCACUGAGAUUAGCAUGAUGAUCUGAGGAACUUUAAAUAAAUAAUAGGGUCAUCAUUCAAGUUUAGCCCACCAACCACCCAAGGCAGGCUUCCGCGGUCCCCGCUGCAAUCCUGAAGAGGAGGGCGCAUGAAUGAUGGGAAGAGGUUGGCCCUCGGCUCUAACCAUCGGAUACGUUGUGUGAGGUGGCAUCCCCUCACUGGAAGGCGGCUCGACGAUCGUGGCGGGACGGCCUUUUAUCUUGAAACGGCGGCGUGCGUUAAUAAUUCGGCAAAAUGACUUAUCACAAAGAGAAUUCACCAAUAAACAUUUUACUUGCAAGCAGGGUCGGUGCGUUUGAGGUUGAAAGGCUCUGGACAGCGCGACAUUGUGGAGAAAGCGGGAUGAGAGGAUCGGCUCCAAUCCCCGCAGCACGCACGUUCCUAAAUAUUUGGCAAAGAAUUUUGUCUUUGGAAACCGAAAUCUUCCAUUGCCGAAUUAGCUUCUGGAAGCUGUUUUCAUCUCGCCGCCCCACGUUUUCCGGAUACAUGCGACAACGUUUGGGGUAUUUAUUCUCUGACUAUUUUGCAAUCCAAAUAAUUAAGGGAAAGAAUCUAGCACUUCGCGGCGACAGGUAGCUUGUCCUCAAGGGCUGAUCUGCACGUCAUGAGAUAUGAACUGGAAUCUCAGCCAAUAAUUUUCCAGUCCAGGCUUAGUGUCAAUGAACUGUCAUUUUUACUAUGUUAGAAGCGCCUCCUAAAAAGCGGAAUAUGUGAAGCCAUAUUACCGUCGCGAACAAAUUGCAUCAAAUGGAGUGCACUUCCCCAAUGCUGAGGAAUACAUGCACCACUACGAAUUACUGGUUGCCAAUGUGAUGUUAUUUUUAAAUCUCCUCCUUCGUCCAUCUGUCUCGGAAUAUUUGCUAGCUAGCAGGAGCCGACAGGGUCUUCUUUGGUUGGUUCAUUAUUUCCGUGAGCCGCCCAAAUCGCAGUAUCUCGCCGGACAUGGAAUGGAGUUUGGGGAGGAAAUAAGAUUCUAGAGCAGCGCAUAACGGCCUGACUUGCUCAUGGUCUAAGUGGGCAAAUUUCUGCAGUUACGCAUUAAACUUCCUUGUCCACCUUCACUGAUUCUAGUUAGCAUAAACACAACCAAUAUGUUAGCGAGAUUUUAAUCUUGGAUACAACCUGAUGGGUGGACUCUCAGAGAGAUCCUUGGAAACAAUGCCGUUUAUCUCACCUGUCCAUGAAGUGUUGAUGACAGCCAAUCGGAUACAUGAGAAGAAUGAAUCUAGUUCAAGAGUUCGAGCUUUUGAAGAUCCGAAGGAAAAAGUGCUCAGCUGCAGCAAGCCGAUCUCCAUAGAGAUCGAACAGAUGGUCCUCGUUACAUUUUUCUGACUAUCAGGGGGCAAGGAUUACAACGGAUCCUUGAUCCUUCCUUGUCCCAACUCACCGACAAUAUCCCGGCCAUCCAGAAGGCCAAAAGAGAGCUCUCGAAGAGGACAUGGAGCUUUAUUAUCUAGCUUAAUUCAUAUUUCCUCCAUGUCAAGAGGUCCUGGUUUGGUCCCGUUUACGCUAUUGUGGCAGUAAUUUUCAGAGAUUACUGUCUCAGAAUUCAUACUCUCGAAGGAUAAUUGGGUUCGAGAGCGAAUGUCCUGACUUCUUCAGCUUUGUAUCGCGAGAAAGAGAACGAAACGGCCGGGGUCUUCGAAGCUCUUCCCUUCAAAUCUUUCAAUAAUCGUGGCUCGUCAGUAGCUACGGGACAGAUUUGACCUGCCAGGUCAGGUCCGCAAGUUCUUUCAGGUCCCUUUGAUUUCAUUGAAUUAAAUAGGGAUGUACCCAUCCCGGUUGCAAUUCUUAUCAAUCAAUGCCUCAAUAGUGUUUGUGGCCGAAAUGUGACUUUAAUCAGAUAAGAAGUCGCCGAUGAGAUUAACCUAAUUUUGCUGUUUCUGUCAGAUUGAAUCCUUGGAGACCUCCAUGUCGUCCUGUCUGGGAUGUCAAAAUAUAGGGCGGAUCUAAACAUUCGUUCAUUCUGUAUGGUAUGCAGAGGGCAGAAAACCAAUUCGUAAUUACUAAUAUCAGUUUCAUGAACGAGAUAGUUUGUGACACUUCGGGCUGGCUUUCAUCAGCAGCAGGAUCACAAGGAUGAUUUAUCAAGUCCGUAACAAAUAGCGUUAGUGGGUUGGAUGGAUUCUCCUCGAAUUUCCCGAUGCUUUCACCUAGUUGGACUAUUGAAAAUAUCGGGCCACAGGCCUCCAAGGGCUGAGUAGUGUAUCACCUCGUUUAUGGACGUAAGAAUGUGCUCACUCUGAUUCCAGAUCUAUCGCAACCCGGCGCCCCUCACAUAAUUUUUUAUUUAUGUAUUUAUUUAUAUUUUUUUACAGCCAUACGCAAUAUAAACGACGCUCACAAGCUUCCAAUCAAUAACUACGAGAAAUAGUGGGGGAAAAGAAAAGAAGAGCGCCAACGGUCGUGGCGGCCAGGGACGACGACAGAUACGCUUGGCGAUCGAUGGGGCUGCGUGGCACGAUUCGGCUUUUUGAAACCGUGUCCAGGAGCAUACGCUGGGCAAGGAUGAUCGUAUAUAUGUACUGUACAUGAAAUGUACAUGUACAUACAUUACUAUGUAGGAAUCCUCUAAUGUAUCUCAACACGGAAAUCAUUGGGAAGUUAAUGCAAUUUCACCAUAUGCUGUACCUGUGCAUCCUAAGCAUCUACGCCGUUUGAAAGCUUGUAUUUUAUACAAAAAGCUUUCUUGUUUGCUAACGGUCUUGCUGUCAGGUUCUGCAUGUGCAGCAUGCAUAGAUCAUUUUAGCACGCUCUUACACAAGUACGGAAGUCAAGAUAUUCUUGCCAAGUCUCAGGCUGAAUCAUCAUUAAUGCCGGGGAUUCAGGUUGUGGAAGCUGGCCCAUCCCUCCUUCAGACAAGUUCCUAUGUAAAAAACAAUCGAGAGAAACUCGCUCGUUUUUGCCUUGGCAUGCGCAGUACGGAGUAUCGUGUAAUUAAUUAUGACGACGGGCCGCUGUGUAAUAAUACUGAGGUAAUGCCGCAUGCAUGGCGAUACGACUGAAAUCUGCAUGAUUACGAUGAACGGCUGUGACAUUACGUUGUAGGAUAGCGAUCUUGGCAAGAAAAAUAUCAAGUUUCCAGGAGGUGCCACGCCACCUACUUUUGAGCGCACACACCCCGACCCUGACACAACAAACCCCGUCAAGAAGAAGCAAGAGCGCGGGAAAUUUGACCAUUUAGGUAAGGGCCCUGGCAGAAAACCAUGACGAGUUUGCAGGAUUGAAAUGGCAUAGUGUAUUUUAUCAGCGUCCAAGGGGAAAGAAGUAGGAGAAGAAAAUACAGUCCGGGAAGUUGACUGUCGCGUUAAGAAUAGCGUAGGGCUGAUAGUCUCGGAUUAUUCGGCGAUUUUUUGUUCUUCGAGGAGCUGUACGUCCCCAACCGAGCUGGAGUGUGGGCUGGACGGGACGGGGACCGAAAUGUGCUCGGCACCGCUCAGCUUUGAUGUGAUGUGCAAUUUCAUGAGGAGCAGAUAUCCCUUGCAACAAUCAUCAAUCAUGAUGGGAGAAGUACCUCACAUGUGUAGCAGAACAACAAAUAGCUAGCUCCCUUUGGCUUUUAUCUGAAGAGAGAAAAUCGGGUGCAAAAGUUCCCUGAGAGCACCCAUAUCUGACAGGACCAACAACCUAGCCAAAUUAGGUCAACGUAGCCCGGCAGGAGUGAGAUAAUCAUCUCCCGAAAGCAUAAAGCAUUGUCCACUUUCCUAUCAUAUUCAUGUACUCCGUACUUCGCUCCUUUCAGGACAACCUAGACUUGUCUCCUCCCAAGAUUGAAGACGUUCUGACAGCGAAAUAAAGAAGGCUGAACAAGGGAAAUAUCAUGUAUGUCCCCCGCGGAAACAAGAGGUUACUCC